GCGAGCCAAGCUGAACUCAGCCGCGCGACCAUUCGUACGCAAUACGCGACGUCGGUUGCGCGGCGGGCUACGCGCGUCGAUUCCUUUUCACGGGAGUGCGAAACGCACGCCGGUCAAAACGACCGUCAUUUACGAUCGAAUGUAUACACGCAUACGCAACACUCAAAAUGUGAUCGGGUGAUUUUUUAUUUUUUUGUUCUUUAUUUAUUGAAAGACGCUCCCGCUCGAAGGCGAAGGGAAGGAUUGCCGGCGAGUCUUCGCGCCUUCACUAGGAUUCAUGCCGACAACGAACAUGAAACUUCUAUAAGGAACUGAAGCUUCAGAUGGAGAACCAGGGUUACGAGGAGGACCAAUCGCGCGUAGAAGCAGAGCAGUCCGUACUCGAGCCUCAUCAUCACGAUCGGCAGCUUCGCGUGGAUGCGAUCGAUGUGAUCGGUGAUCCCGUCGUUGCGAAGAUCCCAACGCAUCCCGAAGGUCACGUGUACGAGGACAUCUCGAUUAGCCUGGAUAUUGACACUUACGAGCUUCCCGAGCAGACGGCUUGCCCCGACGAGUCUCGAGAUAUUCGCGAGAUUAAAGAUCGUCGAUCGAUCGAUUUCACCAAACAGGCUUGGAUCGACAAGCCACCGUCCUCCGCGAUCGAUCAACUUCGAGCGAGAUCUUUCCAACAAAGUUCGGCAUUGUCUUCUUCGAUUGAAAUCAGUACGGAUCAGAUCGAUAGUGAGAUUAUCUCGUCGCGAGUGACAUCCACGACGAAUGAAGAUGAUCCUGAGGGAGUCACCAGGAAACCUCACGAUCUUUCAGCAUCUUCUCUCUCCGAGGACGUCCCAGAGAACGUAUUUUCGUCACCUCGAGCGAAUGAGCAUUCGUCGCGAGACACCUCGGUGACGCGGUCCGAUCGCAGACCGAAUCGCAGACGUAAGAAGAAAGAUUGCAAACACUGCAGGAGCAAAUUGGCUAGCGCGGGAUCCUGCGAGAAGCUAGAGGAGUUGACUGAUAGCAAGGAUGCGAUCCUUAAAGAGAUUGGAAACACUCAUCGGAGCAAGGACUCGGAUGCGUCCACUCUCUUGUUUCGGGAUUCGCUUUUAAGAUCGCAGAACGUAAAAAUCUAUCCGAUUGUGAAUAGAACGAGUCUUCGGGAUAUCGGCGCUAGGAGAAAUUCCUUGACCUCUUUUGCCGCUUCCGAAUAUGGAGUGCAUACAUCGGGCAAUCCAGCUAGGUUCCUGCUGAACAUCGAAAAUGAUAAGAUGUUGAGCCAAGUGACAGAAAGUGCUCAAAGCAAGAUAUUGAUGGGAGUCCCGGAAAAUGAGACUGAUAUGAGGAUUAACUCAAUCUACUCGCAAGACCGUUGGUAUGGCAAAGAAUCGCAAAUAUUCUACACUGAUGUCAAGGAUCAAAAUCAUUUUCAGAGAGCCUAUUCCCUACCAGCGCGGACGCACACCCCGACCUCGCAGAAUCGCGUUAAUUUACGUCGAAGCGUUAGAAACGAGCCGCCACCGCAUCCGGCACGCCUGGACAAGCAUCGUCGCGGUUGGACGUUACACCUGGCUCGUCCUUUGAAGACAUCCGGAUGCUCAAGCCCACUCGUACCCCUGCUGAUCGUCGUGCUGAUCUUGCUGGGGGUCGCAGGGGUCGCAUUGUACAUCGUCUUUGAGCCCGAGAAACUCCAAAUCAUUCAACAGUACCUGAAAUCGUCGACAAGCCGGUUGACGGGGCAGAACGCUACUUCCGGUGAUCCGAUCACGUUCGCGAUUCCAAAUGAUGAGCCAAAUCUAACGAUCGCUAUGACUGACACGCCGACGUUAACGCCGAUGAUGGUGAAGAUCGUCGAGGAUAUGUUCACCACAGACGCCCUUUUAAACAGCGACCCGUCAUUUCCGGGGAGUACUUCGCCGCCGGAGAGCAAUUCGACAGGUGCGGAAACGGAAGCUGCGAGUCAGAACGUUAUUAAUGCUACGAGAUAUUGCGACGAUUGCCUCGAAGGCGAGGUGUGUGUCGCUCUCGUCGACGAAGAAGUGCCGAUAUGCAGAAACCCCCUCGAUCGCGACGAUCCCACCGGAUGCGCCGGUUUUUGCGUCAUCAGUAAGCAGAAAUGUCAUCGCCUCGAUGUGGAUGCUUUCAGAUGUGUGGAGAUGGAGCAUUAUUGUCUGGACAACGAAUGGACUUGUUCCAAUAAGUUGUGCAUCCCUUUGCAGAAAUAUUGCGAUGGGCACAUGAACUGCUACGAUCAUUCGGAUGAGUACGGUUGUGUCUGCAAUCUGGAGACGCAUUUUCAGUGCGGUAACGAGACUUCCUGCCUUCCAUUGGAGAGGAGAUGCGACGGAAAGAUAGAUUGCUGGGACGCAACCGACGAGAUUAAUUGCACGUUAGGUCGUAUUCUCGGUUGGUCUUGCCCUUUGGAUAGUGAAUUUACUUGCAGCAAUGGGGAAUGCAUAUUGAAAGUUCGCUUUUGUGAUGGACUAGCAGACUGCAGCGAUGGAUCGGAUGAACCUCUCGGGUGUCAAGGGCGAUGCAAUAAACAUGAAUUUACAUGCCAAAAUGGUAGAUGUGUUGCGAAAGGAAUGAAGUGUAACGGGGUUGACGAUUGCGGAGAUGGUUCAGAUGAGAGACACUCAGAUAAGUAA